CUUUAGUAGUUUAGUCACAGUCGGUCUCCGGCGGGAGACAGACGCGAGUGUUAUACCUAGUUAUAGUGUCAGACUUUCACUUUCGAACAAACGUAAACAAAAGUUUGUGACCAAAGUAAAGUUGCAACACCAUUAAGAACUAGUUACUAGUAUUUAAAUAUGUUCACUUAAUAAGUUUCAGUUACUAAUCUUUGAGAUUUCAAAAGUGGCACUUAAAUGCAAUUAGUGAGAAUUUCUCGUCGCAUCGGUCAUUCGAAAAUAUCACUGCUUUACUUGACGAAAUACUGACUCACUAUUAUAAUCCAAUUAUUACGGUUAAAGUGCGUCUAAAAUAUAGUGGUGAGCUGAAGAAACAGUGAAGCUGCAUUCCGCAACUGUGAAGUAACAAUGGGAAAGGAUUAUGGGGAGCCGAUACGGUACGAUCCUGACUUUAAUGGACCUACACGCAAUCGGUCUUGCACGGACAUAAUAUGGCUAAUAGUGUUCAUCCUUUUCCUCGGAGCGUGGGGCUUCGUUGGAUAUUAUAGUAUGACAAGAGGAAGUGUUGAGAAACUAUUGGCACCCAUUGAUACCAAAGGCCGCCGCUGUGGAUUAGAUUCAGGACUAGAAAACAAACCGUAUUUAAUAUUUUUCAACAUUGCAAAAUGUCUUGCACCCGGAACUCCGAUAACGGGUUGUCCAACUACACAGGUUUGUGUAGAAAAAUGUCCAACCAAUACAAUUUUACUCGAAAAAGAAAUACGGCUAAACCCGGGAGCGUUCGAAACUUUUAGGCCGAGCAUGGUGUGCACAGAUGAAGUAAAUAUUCAAACGAUGACGAGUUCGCAAGCUCUUCAGUAUAUGCAAGAAGAAAAAUGUGCCAGCUUUAUCAUUUCCAGUCAACCAGUGUUGUUUCGCUGCAUCGGGGACCUUUCAACUCUGCAAUGCCAGAGUCCUAAGCAAAGCACUGGGGAUACAUGUGUGCGGAAUCCAGCUGAGGCGCAAAAAUCUUUGCUGAAUAGUGCCACGGCUCUUGAUUCGUAUGUUGGUUGGAUUGCUGCAAGCUGGGUUACAUUUUUCACACGGGAAAAUGAACGCGAGGCUCAUAUAUUAUCGUCUCAAAUAGUUCAGGAUCUGGUUCAGUCAAGAUGGUAUCUGGCUGGAGCACUGGUAGCAGUGGUUAUCGUGUGCUUUAUAUACAUUCUUUUACUCCGAUGGGUGGUCGCCCCGGUAGUGUGGGUCUCGAUAGCUGGGUUGCUAGCAUUACUCGGAUUCGCUAUGUACGUCUGUUACAAGAACUACGAGUAUUACAAAGCAAAUCCAGUAGGACUCUAUCAGACUACCAACUUGAAGGGCUACGCACAGUCAAUGUUUACUAAAUACUCGACGUGGCUCGUCAUCCUCGCUAUUGUGGCUGUGAUAUUCCUAAUACUUCUCUUGGUAGUCAUUUUCUUGCGCAAAAGAAUAACUAUUGCAAUUGCUCUAAUUCGUGAAGGCAGCAAAGCAGUAACGGCAAUUAAAUCUACAAUAGUUUUCCCUAUAAUCCCGUGGAUAUUGCAGUGUGCUGUCAUAGCAUAUGGAGUGUUGGUUCUCGUGUAUCUGCUGUCGAUAGGAGAAUCAGCAUUCCGGGUGGUCAACAUCCGCAACGACACGACUUGCAGCUGUGGCGACGUCUAUACUGAGGAGGGACAGGCCUGUGACCCAGCAAAGUUUGUUAGUGUUUGCCGCGACACCAGCUCUCCCGGAGGUCUAUUACCGUGCUCUCUGGCGUCUUGUCACUUUACCGGCAUUGAUAAUCCAAAUAACGUGAUAGCUUUACACUUGAUUAAUUUGCUUGGUUUCUUCUGGACGAUGUUUUUCAUUAGCGGCAUUGCUGAUAUGAUGUUAGCUAGCACCUUUUCUACUUGGUAUUGGACAUUCCAUAAAAGAGAUUUGCCCUUUUUCACUCUCACAUCGGGCAUAUAUCGGACUCUUCGAUUCCACUUAGGUACCGUGGCCUUAGGAGCUCUUAUAAUAGCGAUAGUGCGCGUUAUACGAGUAAUUUUGGAAUAUAUAGAUAACAAAGCGAAGAAAUUUGACAAUAUUAUAUCGCGUUGUGUGUUAUGCUGCUGCAAAUGUUUCUUCUGGUGUUUAGAGAACUUCUUGAAGUUUAUCAAUAAAAAUGCGUACAUUAUGUGCGCGGUACACGGGAAAAACUUCUGUAAGAGCGCUCACGACGCAUUCUCCUUGCUCAUGAGAAAUAUUGUUCGUGUAGUUAUUUUGGACAAGGUCGCAGAUUUUAUAUUCUUCCUAUCAAAAUUAUUGAUCUCUAUAGGAGUCGGAUUUGCUGUUUAUUACUUAUUAGAAUGGAACUAUGUAUACGAGAUAACUAAAGGCGAACGUUUGCAUUACAACUAUAUUCCCGCCAUCAUACUAAGCGUUGCUACCUACCUCAUCUGUACAAUAUUCUUCAAUGUAUAUUCAAUGGCUGUGGAUACUCUAUUCCUCUGCUUCUUGGAAGACUGCGAAAGAAAUGACGGAUCGCCUGAGAAACCCUAUUUCAUGUCUAAGAAUCUAUUAAAAAUCCUUGGUAAGAAGAAUAAGAAACUAAGAUAGACAUUUACCAUUUUAUUGAUUGUUUCUUAAAUUAGUCAUUUUUAAGACAGCCUAGAGAGUUCUAGUAGAAUGUAUGAUUUAAAAUAUUGCAAAUAAUUGCGUGGAAAAUAUUUUAAAAUAAUAAUAACUUUUAUACUAAAAACAAUGCAGAGUGCCAAACAAUGUCAAUAAGAGUUGUGAGAUUAUAUCCUUAAAUUCUAUUAAUUUUAUAUAAGAU